AUUUAUGCAGUUAAAUUAAUAGACUCUUGAUGACAUUGUCCUGACGUGACCAAACCCCUGGUUUUGUUGCCAACCCAUCUCCCCGACCAACCCACACACAUAACGUUGUUGUUCCAGUGGAAACGCCGCCCGAAAUUUCCAGGCAGCAGCGAGAUAGGAAGACGACAGAGCAGAAGAGGUUCCGUUCGACGUGGAUAGAAAGACCAAGACGUUGGAGCGAGUGGAGCCAGACCAUCGGGACCAUCGGGACAGAAAGCACUCGCUCCUUCUUCUGCAUCCGCUUCAGUCAGUUUCGUUUCUCUUGCGAAAACAAGACCCCAGCAGCAACGGUAACUCGGGCAGCCAGAGCCAAACAUUGUACUACAAAAGACUACCUGCCUGCCUGCAUAUUUACUUUGUGCGUGGCUAAAUCAAAUAACAAAAUUCGCAUGCUCUCACUUUCCUCGUGAAGAUCAAAAGGAAAGCAAGAUGCAAAGUCAGAAAGAUUUUUGAAUAUUUGCGAAGGAGAAAGUUUUGUGCUUCUCGACAUUUGUUCAACUUUGAUCUGCAGGUGGACCUGACAUAUUUCAUCAAGAAUAGUGACUCGCAAGUGAAAACGGAAUGUGCUAACCUAAGUGAAAGUCGAGGCUAGGAAGCAGUUAGUGAGACGUUUAGUAUGCAAUACUGUUGCGACUACGUUAUCAUUACAACUUCUGACUAAAGGCUGUGUGAUAACAAUUUGGUCCCUGGUGUUUGUAAUCGUUUUUUCUGGCAGUGGCACAACAUGCAACUGAGCAGAUUUGGGUGAAAGUUGCAAAAAUACUUGUGUGUGAAACCCCAAUGACACGGCUGGUUUUGAGAUUUGGAAAACUUAUCUGCCUUGAUCGGGCACGACAAUUUGACGCAGAAGACAGGACAAUGACAGGCAAACGAGAGAAGCAUCCUUCCGGUCCAGUAUAGCCCACGGACAAUGGAUUUCCUCCAACUGAACUGGAAUAAAAAUUAAUCUGGACAAUAAAGGCAGCCACUACUACAUACGCUCCCAAUAAUCACAAUUGGAUUGGAUUCAAUAUAUUCGAAAGAGCCUCUUACGGAUCAUACCACAUGGCGUUGACUGAUUCCAAGGAUUCCAGCAUGGCCCUGUAUCACAGUUUGUGCGAAGCUCUAUAUUUCUGGUCGUAGGGUCGGAGAGCUAUCGCCUUCAGAAGAAAUAAUGAAGUCUUUGACAAUGACAUCAAUCAUUUCUCGACGCUACCUCCGCUUUGCCACUCUCCUGGCACUCGUCUUUCUUCUCUUCGUCGCCACACAGAACUUUUACCGGAUGGAGUCGCUAAAAAAUACGUCGGGGGCUGAGAAGCUGACCGUCGAGGGAAUCUUCGGCUGUGACGAAAUCCCAUUAUGGCAGAGUCAAAUGAUCCACCGAGCAUCCCUCCCACCCAUCGCCGGCUACCGAAACCUCACGUCAGGGGACAAGAAACUGCUCGCCAUCGGGAUUGCGACAGUUUAUCGGGAUGAAAAUUAUUUACUCACAACGUUAUCCUCGUUAGUUAAUGAGUCGGAUGCGGAGGAAAGGAAGGAUGCCGUCAUCAUUAUUUACUUGGCUGACACGGACACCGAAAAGAAAGAAAAGCAACUGCGCUCAAUUCGCAAGCACUUUCAACCGCAUUUGGACUCGGGCUUCUUUCAAGUGAUUGAAUCUGGGCCUGAGAUUUAUCCACCGAUGGACUUUGCCCUCACCAAGCGGACGUUCAACGACUCCACAGACCGUGUCUUAUGGAGAGCAAAGCAAGUGAUGGACUUUGCAUUUCUCUUUUCCUACGCCAAGCCCUUGUCGAUGUAUUACUUGGUGAUUGAGGAUGACAUAAUCUCUUCUUCGCAGUACAUCUCUGCUGUGAAGGAUUUCAUCAAGUCCCGAGAGAGUCAUCGAUGGACUGCCCUACACUUUUCUGGUUUUCUGGGCAUUGGACUUCUCUUUCACAAUUCAGACCUCCCAAAUCUAAUUAGACUCCUCAUCAUGUUCCAUCAGGAACAGCCUGUAGACAUGUUGAUGAGGCAGUUCAUCUCACUUCAGGUCCCUGAUGAACUCGUAGCGCGACAUUUCCCAGCCAUAUUUCAACACAUUGGAAUUAAAUCCACAUUGCCAAAUAAAUUUCAAAAGCUCAAGGAUAACACGUUCGACAUGGCCAAACGACGCUUCAAGAACCACAACCCACCCGCCGACCUCAUCACCACGAUGAAGGUUUACAACGAUUUCGUUCUGGAGUAUGCUUAUCGGCCAGCACCAGGAAUUUUCUGGGGAAUUUCCAAGGCUCAGGAUACGUUGGACAUUAUUUUUCAAAAACCCAUAAACAUUUCCCGAGUAGUGAUGCUGAGUGGAAUUCCCAGCAUGAAGAGUAAAAACCAAAAAACGAUGAAGGACACUGUUUCGGACGGAACACUUUUGGAAGCGAGCUCCCACUUUCAAAAAGUUACCCCGAAUGGAAACAGUGCCAUUUGUGAUAAUUUCACGUCAAUUGCAGAGUUCAAAUUGGGCGAUGUUGACGUUUGGAGAGAUUGGAGUGGAGGACGUAAUCAUAGUGAAAAACUAGCCUCGGUUCAGUGUCUCAGAAUGAAGAUUGGUCCCUCUCAGAGAAGUUGGAUCAUUUUGAGAGAAAUCCAAGUUUUCCUUUAACUUCAAUAACGUGGUGACGUUGAGGAAAACUAUGCGUUCAGUUCACAUGCUUUGACAUACUCGCCAAGUCUCCAUUUCCAAACUCCUCAUGUUCUUCAACCUUUCUAUCAUACAAAGACUAUUUGAAAAUACUUGUUGUAUAUUAAUAGAAAAUAUUUCAAUGUUAGCUUACAUACAUACAGUAUUUAUAUUAAUAUUCUGACGUAUUUACAUUAAUUCCCAACUUAUGAAAGUUAUUUUUCUGUGAUUUUGUAUACUUAAUUUAACAAUAACUGCGUACAUACAUACAGAAAUAAGGUGCAUAUGUAGUGUAACUGAUAUUGAAUGAAUAAAUGAAUCGUUUCAAACAUA